AAACUACCCUAUACAAACGUGUGCGUUACAAAAUAUUGUGAUUAGCUGAGCUGAGUAUUCUGAUUUCGCGCACCUGGUAUGAACAGCCAACGCAAAAUUCGUCAAACGAAAUCGAAGGUACUCUGAAUACCUCAAACUGGCUGUCAAGCAAGAAAUUAUUUGUCAAUAAAGGCUUCUUCAAAUGAGGCAUUCUUCUUUUCUAUUCUUCAGACGAUUCACAAACAUUCACUCAGUCCGUCGUCGUUUAGCUGUAGGUUUCGAUGAUCGAGGCAAUGGGAUUAUGAUGUUUAAAAACUCUAAAGGUGUUGAAGUUGACUUAGUCAAUUAUGGUUCCUAUGGGGUAUAUUUUUCUGCCUACAAUGAAAAUGGUUUUGUAUUGAGCAGUGGUGUUAAAAUUAUUGGACCAUGUGCUGCAUUUCCUCGGAAUGCUUUAUGCUGGCAUGUUAAUAAUGCUCUAGAUAUUACCGAAAAGUCAUUAUCAUUAUUUUUUAUGCUAGAACCUCCAAUCGAAGUUUUGAUAAUUGGUAAAGGAGAAACGAAAAGUAUGGUGGAUUAUCGUAGGAUUUUAGACAUAUGCUGGAAGCAUCGUUUAUGCGUUGAAGUGAUGCCAACGCAUAGUGCUAUAGGUACAUUCAACUAUUUGAAUUCAGAAGGACGUUAUGUAGCUGCAGCUCUAAUCCCACCACGCCGUCUUGAUGAUUACGAGGAUGCUGAUCGUAAAGCUACCAAGUUAUUAAUAGCUAGAGAAAAUGAAAAUACCGAAGAAUUACUUCUACCAAAAGAUAAUGAUGAUAAUAAUACUAUGUCAAAAUUAUUAACCUCUGGAGAAUAUAAAGAUGUCAUGGUGACACGUUCACCUUUAGCUGUCGACUCGAACACCUCCUCCACCUCGUCAUCAUCAUCUGACUUGUCGAAAUCUUCUUCGUCUUCUUCUCCUGAGGGUGAUAGUAAAGAGAAGAAAUAAUUAGUAUAUAUUAGUUACUCAUUAUAUAUGUAUAUGUAUAUAUUUAUGUACAUUUAGAAAAGUGUAUAUUUGUAUAUUCUAUAGUGUAUAGUGCAUAAUAAACAUUAUUCAUAGCGU